CGCCCCGGCCCAGGAAAAAUGUGAUGAAGAAAAUACUGAGAAAGAGAUAAGUCAAGCUGCCAGUAGUUGCUUUACACAUGGAGAGAUGCAAGACCAAUCCAUCUGGGGAAAUCAUUCAGAUAGUGAACUCAUCAGAACUCAACCUCAAUGCUUGCCCCUGCUUCAAACUUCAGCACAGGAAUCGAGUGAGGAGGAAAUAAGCAAGUUAAAGAACAGCCACACAAGUCUGAGCAAUGGGAGUGGAAUUCAUAAACAUGUGUCUGCAGACAAUCGCAAACUUUCCGCACCUGUUUCUCAAAAAAUGCAUAGAAAAAUUCAGUCCAGCUUGUCUGUAAACAGCGAUAUCAGUAAGAAGAGUAAAGUAAAUGCUGUCUUUUCCCAAAAGACAGGCUCUUCACCUGAAGAAGCCUGAAAAAAAUGAUUGUAC